UUUUAUAUAAGAUUGGAAAUCUUUUAAUACGCCAUUUUAAAGUGCAGUGUCAUCAGCGCGCCGUAUAACGUAAAUUAACCGCGUGUAGAGUUUUAAUAUAUUUAUCAAAACAAAAAAGGCAAAAAAUUUUUAAAGGACCAAGCAUGUCAGGAGGAGCACUUUUUGGAAAUAAUGCUUCACGCAGUACUCCUAAAAAUUUAGUUGAAUUUAAAGCAGGAAAAAUGACUAUGAAAGGAAAGAUGGUUUAUCCAGAUAUUCGAAAAGGCCAACUUUACGUUUAUCAAUCUGACGAUUCAUUAAUGCAUUUUUGUUGGAAAGAUCGUGUAUCAGGAUAUGUUGAAGAUGAUUUAAUUAUUUUUCCUGAUGAUUGUGAAUUUAAACAUGUUCCUCAGUGUAAAACUGGAAGAGUAUAUCUUUUACGAUUCAAGUCAUCCAACAAAAAAUUUUUUGUUUGGCUCCAGGAUCUUAAAACAGAUAAAGAUGAAGAAUAUUGUAGAAAAAUUAAUGAAGUUCUAAAUAAUCCACCAACUCCUGGAUCGCAAAGAAGUGGCAGUACAAAUCCAGAAGGAGAUCUUCAAAAUUUAUUGAAUAAUAUGUCACAACAACAAUUAAUGCAGUUAUUUGGUGGUGUAGGUCAAAUUGGUUUAGGUAGUUUAUUGGGUACAAUGAAUAGACCUCAAGGUGUGCAAAGUACUAGAGCUUCUACAACAACAGCAUCAACUCGAGUUACUACAAAUACUUCAAGACCUACUACACAAAUGGUAUCUUCAUCAGCAUCUGCUAAUGAUUCUCCUAAAACUAAUGGUGAUAAUAAAUCAUCAUCACGAACAUCAGAUACAUCAACAUCUGGAUCAACAACAAAUACAACAAAUAAUAAAAUUCAACUUAGUGAUUUACAAAACUUUUUAUCAGAAAUUCCAACAACUACAGGAACAGAAUCUAUUGUUCAGAGGGGAGUAGCAACUGAGCUGACCAAUGCCAUCCCUGCGGCGAUUUCUGCAACGGAAAACUUGGAGCGUGCAAUGAGCCCGCACUUACCACCAGGGGAUCACCUGUGUACCACGCUAGUGUCUCCCCAGUUCUCCCAGGCGCUAUCAAUGUUCUGGUCUGCUUUGCAGUCAGGCCAGGCGGGACCUGUCAUCCGUCAAUUUGGCUUGGGCCCAGAUGCUGUCAAUGCUGCAGCCAGUGGAAACAUUGAAGAAUUCGUCACUGCCCUCGAGUCAGAAGCUAAAAGUGGCCAAGAACAAACACAGCAAGGACAGGAGGACAAAAAUACUAAACAAGCUCCACCAACAUCUAGUCCUGAUAAGAAAGGUGAUGAUGAUGAAGGAUUAGAUUUAGAUUAAAAACAGAACUUAACAAGUCUGAUUUUCACUUAUAUUUUCAUUUAGAAGAUAUACAAUAUGUAUCACAUUAUAAUCAUUUAUGUGUAAUAAAUAAUUCCUGAAAGAA